AUGCUAGCCGGUCACCACGGCAUAUGGCCCGUGGUCCCGGCAGUUGGGAUAUCCCGCUCAGCAGACUUGUAUCAUUGGCCAGCAGUGGAAAAAAAAAAAAACACGAAAACCAUGAUUUCUGCUGCCGAUUUGUCAAAAUAUGCAAAGGAAAAAACAAAAACAAAAACCAGUAACCAGAUAACCGGCGUGCACGUCACACCAUCACGAUGCUUUAAAACUCCUCCCAGUCUUGCUCCUCGAGCAGGUUUGGCAUCACCUGUUUUUCACUGUCUCGGGCGAUGUUUGCUUUCCUUCUCUCCAUCCGUACAUCGGGACCAACCUGCCACCCAUCCGAGUCACCAGAAGCGCCAAGCAGUUGAGUGA